UUAAGACGCAGAUUGAGGUUAUGCGCCCGGUAGUCAAAUCAAAACAAGUGCGUUUGCACGUGUAAAGAGCGUUUUAUGUGCCUAUAAGCCCUUUUCCAAGCCUUUCAUCAAUUAAAUAUGUUUUAAAAGUGAUACAUCUCUAUAAAAGAAGUCUUAUAUUUGUUAAAGUAAUCUCUAAAUGUCGUUCAGAGGAGGUCGUGGUGGAUUUGGGGGUGGUCGAGGAGGUGGCGGUAGAGGAGGCAGGAAUAGUUUUGGGGGCGGACGAGGUGGCGGAGGAAAUAGAAAUUAUGAUCAGGGACCUCCCGAACAGGUUAUUCCUCUCGGAUACUUUGAUUACAGUGUUCAAGACGAUUUAGUUUGUAAAGUAGAACUUGAAGAUGUACCCUUCUUUAAUGCACCCAUAUAUUUAGAAAAUAAGGAACAAAUAGGCAAAAUAGAUGAAAUCUUUGGAAAUAUCAGAGAUUAUUCAGUUUCAAUUAGAUUAGGUGAAAACAUAAGAGCAGGAAGUUUUAAAAAGAACCAAAAAUUAUUUAUUGAUCCUGCCAAACUGUUACCGCUACAGAGGUUUCUUCCGAGACCGCCUGGAUCAGUACAGAAACGAGGAGGUGGCCGUGGGGGAAGAGGUGGCUUUGGAGGGGACAGAGGAGGACGAGGUGGGAAUCGAGGGGGUCGUGGAGGUGGUAGGGGUGGCUUUGGCGGGCGAGGAGGCGGAGGCGGCGGAGGAAGCUGGGGUGGUUCAGGAGGUAGAGGAGGAGGACGAGGAGGAGGAGGGGGUGGUUUUAAUAGAAAUUCAGGGGGUAGGGGAGGAUUUAAUAGGGGCGGUGGCGGAGGAGGUGGAUUUAAGAAAUGGUAAUAGUAAUGUAAUUGU